AUGUUAGAGAAUGAAUAAUAAAUUUAAGAAGACCCUAAAACUAAUCUUCUUAAUCUUGAUUCAGGAAUAGAAUUUAUAAAACCCAUAAGACAUAAAUCUUCUUAUUAUGAAAAGGAUUUUUUUGUAGAACCUUGGGAUGAAAAUCAGGAUAAUUUCCUCCAAUUAUCUCCAAAAAUGAAAGAGGAACAAUAAUAAGAAAGAAAAACUAGAUCAAUAAAAAUUAAACUUCCUUAAUCUCGAACCUAAAGUAGACAACGCUCAAGUGAAACUUAGUAAACAGUUCAAAUUACUCUUCCAUUACAUGAUAGAGCUGGAAGUUGUCAUGCAUAAUUUUAAGACUUAGGUAUUUCAAAUCAUUCAACCACUUAUAAGAGAAUAGUAGAUAAAAUGAAGAACAUAUAAAUGAACAAAACUCCUGCGAUUUAAUAUAAUCAUAAUUAUAAGCAAUUUAGUUUAAAGGUAUCCGCAAACAAAAAGAAAAUCAAACAGAUUGCUCAAGUAAAGUAAAAAGAACCAUUCUCAUGGUCAGACUACUACAAAUUCAUAUAAAAAAAUCAUAAUCAAAUCAAGCCUAAUAAAAUGUUCAAUCCAUUAAUUAAUGGCUACACUAUUUAGAUAAAUAAGUCUCUACAGUAGAAGUCUGAUAAAGAAUCUAUAUUAAAAAACUUUCGAUUGAGAUCCUCCUACAAUAAGACUAUUGUUUGA